GGUCGAAUGGAGAAAGAAAGUAAGAGAGAAAAAAUAAAAAAAAAGAGAAAUUACAAUUAAACAAGCUGAAAAAUGGCAAUCGGUGGUAGAUUGUUACGUACCUCUAAACAAUUAGGGUUAGGUGAGGAUGGUCCGAAGCAACAACCAUGUUAUUCUUUGAGGAAUAAUUAUUCGUUAAGGUUUAAAUGUGUAAACAAAGGUGGUCUUGUCGGAGAAAGCAGGAUUAAUGUUGGUGGUGGAGAUGGGCAGAAGAAACCAGUGGCCGUCAAGGCUGUUAGUGCGGUGGUUGUGUCUGAACCAGUGACAGAGAAUUGGAAUAUUUCAGAUGUAAGUUUAGUGGCAGAUAAUGUAUCAGAUCUGGUACUACAAAACUUGAAAAAGUUCCUCAAACAAAUGCCGCAGAAGUUGCAUCAUUUACAGUUGUUCAUCGAGAAGGGUAUCUUAGAUUGCCGGUUCUUUACUCUCUUUGCAGUCGCAGGGACAUUGAUUGGUUCAUUAUUAUGCUUUGUCGAGGGCUGUUACUUAAUCGUAAAGUCAUACGUCCACUAUUUUAUCGCACUCUCACAUAAGUCAGACCUGGGACAUGUCGUGCAGCUAUUGAUCGAAGCACUUGAUAUGUUUCUUUUGGGGACUGCUAUGCUUACUUUUGGAAUGGGUUUGUAUGUCAUGUUCGUGGGAUCAAGAAAUAAAGGGUCAGGCCAAAACAUGUUUAAUUUUCAGACACUUCCAUCAUUAAUGGGAAUGAAGUCAGUGAUGCAAGCCAAAUCAAGAAUAGGACAUGCACUUAUAAUGCUACUUCAAGUGGGAGUAUUAGAGAAGUUCAAGAAUGUACCUGUGGUUAAUGGAUUGGAUCUUGCUUGUUUUGCUGGUGCUGUUUUUGUUUCCUCCAUUUGUGUGUUCCUUCUUUCGAGGCUUGCUGUCCCUACCAUGCCCAAAGGCUGGCAACUAAGAAAAUGGACCUUUUGAUACCUUUUUGUUGAAGUAUAUAUAUGUAUAGAUCAAGAAAAAUGGUAAGCAAAAUAGGACUGUAUACUAGUCAACAAUUAGAUAGGACUUCUCAUAGUUGACCUUUUUGUUAAAUAUUCUUUCAAUUUGUAACAAUUAAAAUACAUUAGUUCAUAUUUUUUUCGAAUCAAUAAAAUGAAUGUCAUUGUUU